AUGACAGGACUUUUGAGCCCACGCUUCGAAAAGUUCGACCCCGACGCGUUUGCGAAUUAUGUCAGCAGUCCUUCUAGAUGUCUGAAGAUUGUCAAAGGACUUGCAUUCACUGGAUGUGCUGUGUUUUGCGUUCUUCUUUACGCAAGCGUAACUACACAUUCGGACUGGAACUAUGUCACAUCGAGCGUUGCCACUAACACAAGUUCCACCACCACAACAUCAACGAUACCCUACAAGUCGACGACAAAACCUAAAGAGGAGGUCAAAGGAUCAUUAUGGGCGGCGAAAAAGCCGCAAUACUAUACCAUCCACACAAACGAGCCUUACGAUCUCGAUACAGCUCUUCGUACAGUGUUGAAAUUAAGUCCGGAUGAGGUCUACUACAACGCAUUGACGCAGCCUAUCAAGACUGGUGGCGAGGAGAAGCUUCACGAAACCGGUGUACGAGUACGCAUGUUCAAGAAGUACUUUGAUGCCUGGGAAGCAUUGCACGUCGUGACAGACAGUCUGUCUGAUACGGCCUUUGUACGGGACGAUAUUCUGCGCCACAUCAGAGACUCCAAAGAUCUCUCUCAUUUCACCUCCGGAUCACGACUUGAGGCUAUGCGACAGUAUGAGACGUAUCGCUCAUUCUUGUCGAACAUGUCUACAAUCCUAUUCCCAUGGACAAGCCCUUAUUUCUCCGACCAUAUGACACUACACGGACACAUGUACAACGCUGGACGUGGCAUUGUGAUCUCAGGCAGCACCUCGCAGGCUCCUUACAUCAAGACUGCGAUUACUUCGUUCCGUGCAAUGGGCUGCACUCUGCCGGUCGAGAUCAUGUAUCUUGGCGACUCAGACUUGAGCGAAGACACACGCACAGAGCUCGAAGCUAUUCCGGACGUCAUUACUCGCGACAUCAAGAAGAUGGUCAACGAUCAAGGCUGGGCACUUGAAGGUUGGGCCGGCAAAGCAUUCGCAGCGUUCAUGAGCUCUUUCCGAGAAGUCAUCUUGCUCGAUGCGGACGUCUUGUUCUUCAACAAUCCUGAGCUUCUUUACAGCGAGCCUGGAUAUGUCGAUACUGGUGCCCUUUUCUUCUCCGACCGUACAGUCUUUCCCCAAGACAAAAGAUCUUUCCUACGGAAGAUUCUGCCCAAGCCUGUUUCUAGCAAAGCCAGAGAGAGCAGAUGGUGGAAAGGCGAGACUGGUGAGAAUCAAGAAUCUGGCGUGGUAGUGGUUGACAAGUGGAGGCACUUCCUGAGUGUCUUCUUGACUGCAAGAUUGAACGGACCAGACCGUGACGACACGGAUGCCGGGCAGGGAACCUACAGCUUUUGGUGGGGUGAUAAGGAGACUUGGUGGAUCGGUUUCGAGCUCGCUGGCGAUACUGAUUACCAUUUCCAUCAAGGUGGUACUGGUAACAUGGGUACUGUAAGCAACAUCGAACCUAUCGACAAGCCCGAAGACAAACCUGAGAAUAAAUCCGAAGACAAAACCGAGGCUGAGAACUUCGGCGUCAAAAAGGAGGAGCAAGAGAACACGCCUGUAGAGGAGACAGCGACUGAAGAGCCCCUGCGCAAGACGGACAGCGAAGAAUUUGAAGCAAACCUGAGAGUCUUGCAAGGAUCUCAGUCGAACCAGGCCGAGGAAGCCAAAACGGAACAAGUCACUCCAGAGACCACGGAUCCGAGCACAGAAACAAAAGUCGAGUUUCUCUCUCCCGCUCCAGAUGCUGACGAUGUGAUGAAGGCCAUCAAAGCAGCCGAGGCUGCAAGGGCGGCUCGAUUGCCUACUGAAGAAGGCCAUUAUCUACCAGUAGAGAACAACACCCAAUCUGGCGACAAUCCUCCUGCCGCAAAUCCCACAACCCUACCAGAAACGCCUGCUGCUGCCGCUGAAGAGUCUGACCCUGGUCGAACACUCUCUCGUCGCCAUCUGACCAAACGUGACAGCUGGUUCGACACUGCCUUGGAGAAGAAACUUACCAAUCUUACUGGUCCUGGCAUGCUUGACCUUCCUGGUCAGAACAUCAUCCUCUGUUCCCCACAACUCUUGCAUCUCUCUCGCGACGGCAGACCUUUGUGGUUCAACGGCUGGAUCCAGAACAACAAACACGACGCCAGCUCCGACAUCUCGGAAUUCGAGUUCUUCAUGGCCGAGAAGAGAAAGGAUGGAGAGUGGGCUGAAUGGGCCAUUGGUGCAGAUAACAUGUGUUGUCUCAAGAGCGAUGAUUUGCAUGCGAUGAAUGAGAAGGAGUUGAAGGCUCUGGAGAUGAUUGUCGAUAUCGCAAAGGAGAACGGAUCGUUGAAGGAAGUCUUGGAGAAGGAUAGGAAAGCGAACAAGAAUAUUGCGGACUAG